CUCAGUUGCUUCAGGCAGCCCUGAGAUUCAGAUGACGGAGAAUAUUCUCUGUUAUCUGAAGAGCUAUACUGAGCCAGGCCUGAGCUUGGGCUCAGUGUUCUUAGCUGUUGAUCCCAAACUCACUUUUCUGAGUGUGUUGGGGUUGCUCCUUUUGUAUGUGUGCUAUCUGGUGUUGGCACCACUCUCUUCACCCCUUGAAAGGAAUCACCAUACCCAAAAGAGUCAAGGCAGAGUAAAGAGACGGAAAGGUGGGACAUCUCAAGGUCAGAGAGGCGGCUGGAGAGAAGCAGAGAAGAGGAGGCUAAUUUCUAUUCUCAAAAGCCCCCUGGGCCCGCAUCAUGAUUCCAUCCGCUUUCGUCAGCUGUUGUGCCCAGACCCCCUCUGUGAGGUGUGUAACAGAUCGACUGCUGAGGUCAAUCGCCUACUGGACCAGGCGUCCAUGGAGGAGGCUGCUCCCUCUGUGUCCCUACUGGUUUCCACAACUUCUAUGACUGAGUCAUCCAUCUUUCAGCCCUCCACACUGUCCUCAAGCCCUCCAGCAGACCUAACUGCAGGCCCUCUGUCUGAGCCUUCUUCACCUCCAGCCUCCAACCUGCCACCUACUCUGAUGACACCCUCCCCUGAUUCACUUUCACCCUCACCACUGAGCGAUGCUGAAGCACCAGAGCCUGGGCCACCCUUAGAUUCCAAAUUCCCAGCAGACCGUUUCCCAUCCUCACCAUCCUCUUUCUCUAGAAUCACUCCACGUCACACUCAGAGAGAAGAUGAUUCUGGUCUCCAGCCAGGAGUCACUUUUUCUCAGGUGGAUGGCCCUGCAGGGUUGCCCACUUCUGUCCCAGCAGUAAGGGAUCUUGACCAGUCAAGGGUCACAAUUUCACAAGUGCCCUUACCUCCUGCCAAGGGCCCACUUUCCUCCAACUUGGCACAAAGUGAACUCAACCAGGAGCUUCUUACCCACCAUUAUUCUGAGGCUACUUUUGGGAAGACCACUACAGCCAACAUGGCAGAGUCACAUAACCUUUCCUUUCUGAGCCCUGAUGAUCUGGUGCUUCAAGGAAUACAAAGCCAACAGAAAGGCAAUGUCCUGAUACAGAACGAGAAGGAGAAGACAACAGGCUCUUUCUCAAAACAACUUAGUCCAGACUUCCAAGUAAGUCCUUCAGGGAAAAUGUCAGAGUCCUUUGCUGCUCAGCAGGACUCAGCAUCCUCCCCUCCUUUAACCAGCAAAAGCAAACCAGAGCAGCUGCCUAUGCCUGAGCAGUCCCCAUAUUUUAAGACUGAUGAGGAUCCCUUACAGAAAAAAGUUAUCUCAUCUCUGCAUAGGGAAUCUGAACACCCUACUGUCCCUGUCUUGGGUGACAGCUCCUCAACCUCUGUGUUCAACAGAAUCUCCAAGGCUUCUAUAGCCAAAGUAGCCCCAGUCAUUCCCUUUUACCAACCUCAGCCCAUGCCUGAGGUACCAUGUUACCCCAUGUGCCAAACUGUGCCACAAUUUGAGUCCAAACAUCUCACUCCGGCCCAAUCCCAGCACCACUUUCAAUGUCCAGUCUCAUAUCCUCCCCCUUCCACUGUAUCCCAGAUUAGGAUCUGUGGAGUAUGUUUUCACAGACCCCCAAAUGAACCACAGUCUCUUUCACCAACUGAAAUUGACCACCUGGAAUGCAAUAUAUUGAAGAAAGAACAGGAAAAAUUGUGGGGUUUACCCUCUGUGGUCCAAAGUUCUCAGAAAGAAUUUUGUCCCCCACCUCCCAAACUUCCACUGGUCAGCUACUCCUCCAAGUUCCAUGUUUCAAGCUCCAUUUUUCCCCUGAGCAGUGAACUUCAGAAGAAACUUGAGCACCACCUUAGGAAGAGGCUCAUCCAACCCCGGUGGGGCCUGCCCCGCAGAGUCCAUGAGUCUCUGUCACUGAUGAAUCCUCAGAGAGAUACUACUGAGACAUCUCAGUCAAAGAGCAGUUAUGGACUCUCCUGGAUCUCUUUGUUUAAGAGUCAGAGCAGCAAAGAGCUAGGUGCUUGGGGAUUGAGCUGCCCGGGAAGCUCCCAUGGGAAGAGCUCAGAAAUGUUUCUACUAGGGAAGAACCAGGGACAGGGCUCAGAAGAUAGUACAAACAAGUCUUCUUCGAGUGAAUCACAGACAUUUUCGGAUAAUAGUCUGGUAUCCAAUUCGGAGAAGGACCUAGAAAUUCCCAGGGUGAUUCUUUCAGAAAAUUAUUCAAGAGCCUCAGUAGUGAGCCAAAAACAGAAAGAAAUUGCAAAAGCCCUGGAAGUACAUCUGAGCAAGAAGUUUGAGGAAAUCAGUGAGGGCCAUAUCCCAGACACUGUGCAUAGUUCACAGCAUUCCAUCAAGCAUGGAUUGCCUCUUCUUGAACACUCCCACAGCCAAAUGACCUACAGAGAUUUAACUCCAUCUUUGAGGGCAGACCAAAGUCUGAAUACCUCUGAACAUAUUUCUUUUAUUCCUACCAGUAAACAAGAUCUGUUGGAAGCUCAUAUUAAACGAUUUCAUAAGAACAUGAUGCAUGGCCCCCCCACAAAGGUCAUUGAAUCUUUUCAGAUAUUUAAUGAAAAGGAGCAACUUAAACACUCCCACUUCCAUUCCAACUUUUACUCAUCAGAAAAGCUCAUUUCUGGCAUCGAUUCCCAUUCUAGCAUUUUCAAGCACCGUAGAGAAAGUACUAAUGCUCCUUACAGAGACAAGGUAGGAAGAACAAAUGCUGUCCCCAUCCUAGAUGAUAUUCUUCAUUCCACCUCAACUCUAGGAAAGGAAAGACAGGGGACCCUGCCAAAACCAGCCUCUGAGAGCAGCCAAAAGCUUAGAGAGAACAUUUGGGGUGCUCAGGAGGGCAGACGGGCUUUUCCGCCUGACACACACAGCAUCACGGACAAAGACAGACAGAAAGCAAAAGUCCUAGCUAAUACUCACAGCCCACAGCUGCCCACAAGGCAAGCUGAAGCUAAACUUGGGACAAAAGAUAAGAACUAUAAUUCCCUAAAUAUAUUGAAAAAGCCUCAAGGCCAAAGGCCAAAGAAUUCAGGAUACUUUUUAAUGUCCAGGGAGAUUUUCAAUUCAAAAGAACUCAGCAGUGCUCCUCAAUCACGCUGUAAUAUAUUGAAAACCUGUGGGCUGAAAGGUUCCCCAGUGAUGUACAGGAACAUGUGUAAAGUAGAAAAUACCCAGACCACUGAAAGACCUCCUCCAGAAAUGACAGAUUCACAAGAUGUAAACUCAUCAGGCCUGACAAAUCAUACAUCGGCAGAAUUAACGUAUAAAUUGGAGAACAGGAAGCACAGCCAGGAUUGUGGCUAUCCAAUGGAAAUGUCCUUUGCCUCUGAUAACUUGUCUUCCAAGGCUUCACUGCCUUCUACCCAAGGUGUCUCCAGUGGGAACGUCACAGCUUCCCCAGUGCUGCAUGUCCACUUAGGCAACACAACAGCCUUUGUUGACCAGCCACAAGAGACUUGGGUCCCUAAUUAUGCCUGCUUGAACUAUUAUGAUAAAUUCAAAUCAGCUGAGGUAAGAGAGAGCCCUCUGGUACCUAAAGGAGGAGAGGUGGGUGGAGGGGAUGCAGCCUUAGAGACAUCUGGACUUAGAAGGAAGAGCCACCUUCCUCUGUUUCCAGAGACACGAGGAGUGAGCAAAUCUUUGUCAACACCAUCACAGCAAAGGCAGACUCUUACUGAAAACCUCUUCAGAAAGCAUAUGAAGCACUUUUUGCAACAUAUUUGUACAAACAUAAAGUACAAGGGGCAAGAACGUUCCCGGGAAGAGGGCAGCUCCCUCUUAUCACCACAGAAAAGCUUGUUGGAAAGAGCAGUUGCCUUUUCAGGAGCCACCAAACCUCAUAAAUUAACUGCAGAAACUAGAAAGUUCCUUGAGGAGAAACAGGGGUGCAGACACAGAAUUCAAAGCAUCUGCCCCCAAAAGCCCCUUUCCUCCCCUGUGAAAACUGGCCAAACUCAGCACAGUACAGAACUGCACGUCCAGGAAAAGCCCACCCAGAGUUACCGCUCUGACUACAGGGCUCCUUCCUAUAAAGUAACAGGUACCAAGUCCUAUAGCCGAGUUGCUGCCUCUUCUGUCCUGAGUAAUCCCAGUGGGACUACUCAGAUUCAAAACCAAAACAGACAACCUCAGAGAGUCAUGACAUUAAAGGACCAGGCAUUGUGUCACAGGCGCCUCCCAUCAAUUUCUUGUGGGGAGACCACCCCCCAUCGAAAUUCCAGUGCCCAUCCAAGCGGGCAUCAAGUCAACCAGGUGCCUUCGGGCACCUUUUCCCCUUCUGAAGACUCUCUGCCGACAAAUUUGUCUCUAUAUUGAGAGAAGAUGCCUCGCUAGCAUUUCAAAGAAGUAAAAUUCCUCUCCAUCACUAUUCCAAUAUUCUCAUUCCUUGUUUAAAAUGAAAAUCUCCACCAAAUAAUUCAUUCAUAAUUGAAAAUAUUG